UAACGAACGAGGCGGUCCGUUAGAUAGUUCACUCUAUUGUCCGUUGACGAGGCAGUCAAAGUUUUUGCUUCGGUACUUUUAUCAAACACUUGCCAUGCAUGCGAGACUCCUUCGCUUCGCGUCAGGAUGAUAAGGAGAUUCUCGCUAGGCGCCUUCGUCCUGCUUCGCCGCCAUUGCAGUUCUGCUCGAAUCGGUCCGUCGAGGCGCGCCCUCCCCCCGCCGGCGUUCGCCCCUGCGUCGUUUGCUUCGGCCGAUUCCGACCGCGCGGGUCCCCCGGUCUCUGUCUCCGAGGUUUUGUCUCCUGCUCGUGCUUACUCCGACCACGCGUCUCCGGCGGCUCCCGGGCGUUUUGCAGCUCGCGAUGAUCUUGGCGGCAGCUCUCGCGACGGAGAAGAAGACGAGGACGGUGGCGGAGUCUCGGAUUGCGAGGCUGAUUUACGGGAGCGGAAGGUGGUGAGCGAGGCUCUCGCUCGCGAUGCGAAGUCCGUCGUGGACGUGUUACGCGAGACGGCGUCCCGUCGCGUGGAAACGGCGUCCAGACUCGAUAGGUGUGGAGUUGCCGCGUCGUCGGAAUUGGUGGUGGAGGUUCUUUCGCAGGUCCGGAAUGACUGGGAAUCGGCAUUCGCCUUCUUCCUGUGGGCUGGGAACCAACGGGACUACUCCCAUUCGGUCCGUGAAUAUCACUCCAUGAUCUCUAUUUUGGCGAAGAUGAAGAAGUUCGACACUGCCUGGGCAUUGAUCGACGAAAUGAGAGGAGGCAAGGAUCGUCCCUGCCUCAUCACCCCUCAGACUCUACUGAUCAUGAUCAGACGAUACUGUGCAGUGCACAACGUUGGUAAGGCCAUCAAUACCUUCUACGCGCAUAGAAGAUAUAAUUUCGAUGUCGGGAUUGAGGAGUUUCAGGGUCUCCUCUCUGCGCUUUGUCGGUACAAGAACGUGCAAGACGCGGAGCACUUGCUCUUCUGUAACAAGAGUGUUUUCCCUCUCGAUACGAAGAGCUUGAAUAUAAUCCUCAAUGGCUGGUGUAAUGUGAUCAUUAGUCCUCGGCAGGGGGAGAGAAUUUGGAAAGAGAUGAGCAAGAGAGGCAUAGCGCAUGAUGUUGUCUCGUAUGCUUGUCUCAUAUCUUGCUAUUCGAAGUCCAGGAACCUCAACAUGGUGCUUAAGCUCUUUAACCGGAUGAAGGAGUUGGAGAUUGCUCCGGAUAGGAAAGUUUACAAUGCAGUCAUUUAUGCUCUUGCAAAGGGUAGGCUUGUGAAGGAAGCUGUGAAUCUUAUGAGAACAAUGGAUGAUAAAGGUAUUGCACCCAAUGCUGUUACUUACAAUUCGUUGAUCAAGCCUCUUUGUAAUGCCCGGAAUGUCGAUGGAGCUAAAAAGGUCUUUGAGGAGAUGCUGCAGCGGGGGCUUCACCCUAGCAUUCGAACUUACAAUGCCUUUUUACGUAUUCUUAGGACAGGGGAAGAAGUUUUUGAGCUCUUAACAAAAAUGAAGGAGAUGGGAUGCCAUCCAAAUUAUGAUACCUACAUCAUGUUGAUCCGAAAGUUUUGUCGAUGGCGCCAACUUGAUAAUGUCUUUGAGCUGUGGAAGGCAAUGACUGAGAAUGGAUUGAGUCCUGAUCGCAGCUCUUAUAUUGUGUUGAUUCAUGGACUCUUUCUGAAUGGAAAGUUGGAGGAAGCGCACAGAUAUUAUUUGGAGAUGAAGGACAAGCAGUUUUUGCCCGAGCCUAAAAUUGAUGAGAUGCUUCAAGCGUGGCUGUCUGGGAAACAAGUAACAGAGAUUAGUACGGUGGAGAAUCAGCCACCUUUUAAUCAUUUGGAUCAAGCUUCCUCCAGAAAACUCAAUCACGAAUCGGAUUUCCUUCGUCAACCUGAGUCGAGAAGAGUUGUAAGAGAGCGGGGAUAUUCUUUUUGGGAGCACUAGGAUAGGGUAUCUUCGGUCAUGCUGUCAAUGCAUUGUAUACAGACAUUUCUAAAGGCAUAGUGAAGAACCAGAACAAUUCAAGCUCUAGAAGUGGGAUCUGUCUUGAGGUUUAUAAACUGCCCAUUGACCAAAGGUGAUAAAGCCGGAGAAGAUCUUUUGUUUGUUUGCUGCUAUAGAUUGCUCUACUUUCGGAACAUGCGUCUUGUGUGAAGAAAGAAUUGUUCCUUCAUCAGCCCUCAGGAAGAAUUCAGUUUUGUGGCAGAAUUGUGAUGAUUUUACCGUCCUUAGAAAGAAUUAACCCAAGAUCUCAAUUCUCUCAAUCUUUUAGGUGGUUGUUUGAGUUUGUUUUUCUUCUCGGUUCUUCUCUCCUCCUUUGAUUAUGCCUGAGAAGCUGGACCGCAGACGAAAAGGGCCCCGGACUUCGUGCUCUGUCAUGGCAACAACAAUAAUAGAAUAAAACUCCGGAUAUCCAUCACGUGUUCCAUUCUGGAAACCCAACCUCAACAAGCUACCUGGUGCAUGGGAAAAGGAGGCGAGGUGGCGUGAACAACCUGUGGAAUUUCCAAGGGGAGUAGAAUACGUCAAGGACGAGGGUAAUCAAUGCAAAGCAAAAGCCUCUUGGACCUAACCGAAAGAGAAUCCAGGACUGGAUAAUCACCAAAGUCCAAGAAGUUAUGGAUAAUCAUCAACCUUUCUUGUUCUCCCUUCUCAUUCGUGCGUGCGUGCGUGCGAAGGUAGCUGUCGUUCUUUUCAGCAGAUGCUUCAUCGGCCACUUCACCACACCCUCGUUUGUCCUUUCCCUUCUUCCCCCCAUCUUUGCUUUGUCGGAUCCCGCGAGCUUUACACCGUCGGUUAACCGCCACGCUUGGCGUUAUCGGCCCGUCGCUAGUCCUCCCCUCACCCUGUGGAAAUUCAAGGAUUGUGUUCGUUACACAAAUUGGAAGCCCGAUGAAAAGAAUAUUCCCACUUUGGAAAAGUUAUAUGCCAUGUCUUUGGAAUGCUGCCCAAGAUCAAUUUUUUAUAUGUUUUUUGUGUCCUAUUCCUUAGUUGUUAAGUCAGAAUAUUCUUCGAGGUGAUUGACAUGGUAUACCUGGUCCGUAUAACCCGUCAUUUCUCGUGCCGCAUUUUCCUCUUUUUAUCUUUUCCUUUUCGCGCAAAACAAACGGGUACCUUUAUUCUUUCUCGUUUUAUUUUUUGGGCCGAUGGGAGCUUUAGGUAUCUGUGUACAGCUGAAAUGGAUUCAUUUCGACAGUAUAAAAGAUAUGGUUUUUCCAUGUUUUAAA